UUCAGCGGGCGUAAACCUUACCCCGUGUUAUCAGCCUGCUCGCUAAUGGCAUGCAUAUGAUAUUGAUUUAAGUCGACGCGAUAGGGUAUAGUUUGAAGCAGGAAGUGAAGAAGUUUGGAAGGCGAUUUUGUUAUAUAAUAUCAAAUUGAAACACGUGAACAUUUUGGAAUUAAUUUAUCGAUAGAUUAAAUGCAGCAUUUAUGUUCUCUUAGAUCUAAGUCCAAGAACCGCCAAUCAAGGUAUUUCAAUUCGGUAAAAAAUAAGACCAAUGUAAAUAGUGAAUUUAAAUGAAAGAAGAAAAUGAAAAUUCAAAACAAACGUGUUGAUUCAAGUAACAAAACUAUGAUGUGGGUGGAUUUAAAACAUACAAUGCACUUAACCUAUGGCAACGUCCAAUGAUGACAACAAAAAUGGCAUCGAAAAUCAAGAGAAGGAACUCUUACACAAAUGAGUCAAAGACAAUAAAUGACCUUUUAAGAGAGGGACAGGAGUUACCGGUGAUUGUGACCGCAUGCAGCACGGAUUACGAGGUACCCGAUCAGGCUGACCUUCCGGACGAUACUGAAAUUCUAUUGGAUUACGUCAAUCAUGUGCAGUUCGCCCAAAUCCGCGUGCUACCGUUCCAAGACGAAAAUAGCGUCCGCGAGGAGAAGGGAGCUGAAUAUGUGAAAAUCAGACGACGGUUGGAAGCGCUUGAGUUUCUGAUUCCUGUCUUGUAUCCUGGGAAACUGCGUUACGUAAACAGGCCGGGCCACAGAACAAGGUUUUCAUCCAUACAAGAGGUGAUCGAAAGUUUCCCACGGCACGUGAACGUCGCUUCGAAAAUGGCAUCAUGCGAGCCGUCUGGCGUCCACGGUACCGGCCCAAACGUUCCCGCUCUGACAAUUCUCCAUCCUAAACGUGUCUACACCGCCAGCUGCACAAAACUCAGAUACCUCCAGUGCAACGACGGGGACCAAGAAUUCCACUUCCGGGAAGACGAAAUCGUCAACAUGACGUCACUUCCUGAUAACAAUUUUUACACCCUUAGCGAUUUGAAGACGGACGGGGCCCUCCCGGCCUGCGUUCAAUUCACUGACGUCGGGCCAAAUGAAAUCGUUUUAGACUCCGACGAAGAUGCUUGUCGUCUGCUUCAGAUAUUAGGGUGGCCAAUAGAAGUGAUAGGUUUCAGGUCCAAGGGUCUCGUCUGUGCGUAUAUGCCAGAUGAAAACGAGAUAUGUAGAUCGGUGGCUUUGAUGCCUGAACAUUUACUGGACACACAGCCUUUCCAAUUCCAUGCAGCUGCUAAAGAAAUGGAUGACCACGUCAAAAAGUAUUUCAAAAUGUACAAAGACAAUUACUGGUUGAGGAGAAGUAUGUACGCCUUUGAAGCAACAGGGCUUGCAAGUGAAAGAUUUACUUGGCUACGACGGCCAAGCGAUUAUCUGCAUGUGACAUCAGAUCCAAACGAUAAGCCUCCACCGCUGGUUCCAAGACGACAACCGGUGAAACCUGAAAUUUCCAAGCCACAAGUGGCCCAGGUGAAACCGGAAAGGUCCAAGCCACAAGUGGCCCAGGUGAAACCGGAAAGGUCCAAGCCACAAGUGGCCCAGGUGAAACCGGAAAGGUCCAAGCCACAAGUGGCCAAGGUGAAACCGGAAAGGUCCAAGCCACAAGUGGCCCAGGUGAAACCGGAAAUUUCCAAGCCACCGACGACACGAGUAAAGCCGGUGACAAACGUAAGGGAAACCAGGCGACAGGUCUCAUUUUCGUUGGAACCUGACGUAUCGGUGUACGACAUCAAACUCCCAAUCAAGAAAGAAGAAGACCGAAUAAACAUUGUCAGAAAGAGCAAACUGGGUUUUAAAAAAUUGCAUUUAGAGCUGCUCGAAAUGUUCAGCACAAAAGAUAAAAAAGAAAACCCAUAUGGAAAAAGGGUGAAGUUAAAACCAAGUCAACGGUCGAAGGAUAAACCCCACUUAGAAACAGUCAUUAUCACGAACAAUUCCGACAAGAACACUUACGGCAAUGCCGCUGCUGCCCCCUCUAGUCCAGUAUCUCCAAAGUCACCAGGAAUUCAUCCAAUGGCAUCGAGGUCCUUACCCCCGUUGCCAGAGCAACCAAAACCUCCAACGGAAGCGAAGGUUAAUCAGUCUUCAGUUGACUUGGCCUUACGGCCGCCGAGUCAAAGUAAUGAGGGUAGAAUAAUUUACACACAAAGUGACGAUGGCGCCGAAGAUGUUGAAGAAGACACCGACAGAAUAUAUGACGAAGCAGAAGAUGAACAGCAUGAUUAUCUUGAACCAUUAACGCUCGAAGAUUUGAAGAAAAUUUCCCGCCCAAACCAAAGUUCGCAAGAUUUCUAUACCUACUCUGUAAAGGAAGUGAUUGAAUGUUUUAAUCUGUGUUUUCCGGACAAACCAUGUCUUGGAACGUUCUGUGCAGAACAGAGAUUGGAUGGUAGUUUCUUCAAAAGAUACGAGGACCCAUCUAUGGUGUUUGAAACCCUUGAACUUAGUUUCAUUGAUAAGACUAAACUGAAGGUUAUUAUACACGAUGGUUGGCGUCCAAAACUUUGAAUGUACAAUGAUUGUUAAUUCACAACUCAAAAUAGCUUUGCAGAUUUCAGUAAUACACCAACCAAUUGUAACCACGGCCCCUCCAGGUCCGGGGAAUAGCGGGGACUUUGACUUUCGGUCCAGCCAAGCCGGGGUAAAACUCCCGCCCUGCGGGGACGAACUGAUUGUUAAAUCCCCGCCCCGGGAAGGUAAAAACACGGCCCAUUUCCCCAGCUAUCCCCGGUAUACCCCUGGACCUUUGGGGGCCGUGGUUACAAUUGACUGGUGCAUAAUGACGAAAAUACAUUUGUAUUAUUGAUCGUUUUGUUGUUCGACUUUGUCCAGAAUAUAAUGGCGGUAUGUGAAUUGCGUCGUCAGGCAUUAAACUUUUAUACAAGAAAGUCCGAAUAGCUCAAAAGCAUAAGAUAAUUUCUUUUUUCAUACAUCGCAUGCCUUACAGGGGCUCGACACUAGAUGGUCCAAAUUGGCAAAUACAUUAUUUCCACAUAACAAGCCUAAAACUGUCAAUACAAGCUUGUAUGUGGCCGAAAAUACAUCAUUUUACAAGAUCAAAAUAUUAUUUUGUCGUUGAAUUUACCCGUUAAAAAUAGCGUAUGAUGGUUUCCCAGUUGAUAGUGUGUAUAUUUCGCAUGCGAAAAUCACAUGAUUAGUUAAUAUAUAAAUAUACAGCCGCUAUUGUUAGAAUAACUGGAUUUUACGUAGGCGACUAACCCAGUAUAUUGUGAAUUGGAAAAAAAUACGCAAAAACUGCGAAAGAUACAUGUGUCGUGUGCAAAUUGAUACAUCAGUAAGUAGGAUUUAAUGCGUUUUGCACAACGAUAUCAAUUUUAUGUAAGUUAUUGAUAAUUGUCUUCUUUUCUUGCAAAUGUAUCAUCUGGUGUGUAGUCCCUUUAAAAUGCAUAUAAUUUUAUUAGGCGAUUUCCAUAAGGACAAUUCAACAGGUAGUGGCAUUGAUUCAAAUCAAUACUGUUUCAUUGAUCUUCAAGUGAACUUGUUAUAUCAAUAAUAAGUAUAGUGCGUUAAAGCUUAUCAUGGGAUAUAGAAUAUGUAUGCAGUUUACUUCUAAUCAAUUUAAAGGUUGUGUUUUUACUCAUUUCUCAUCCAAUGGAACGGCCAGGCGACUUUAAUCAUUUUGAAAACCUUUGACGAAAACGACCGCCAAAAUAUCAUUUAAUAAUUUUAUAUAUUUUUUUGCUUUACGUAUUAUUUGAAUAGGCUGGCCGGCUAUAAUGGUUUAGUAGAGCAAAAUAAACAAUAACCAUAUUACUUAACGAUACACUCAAGGGAUUCAACAUACACUGAAAAUAAUGACUUACUUACUAUUCAGACUUUUCUUACAAAUGACAUUAGACAUUCCUUAUGUUCGACACAUAUGGUUGACGUUUAAAGCUGCACUCUCACAGAUUGAACGUUUUGACAUUUUUUUUUAUUUUGUCUGGAAACGAGCAACUGCGAAAAUGCAUGUAGACCAGUCAUAUAAGACUGCUGACAAAAAAUAGUCACAUACUUUUCUUACUUCAGAAAAUGGUGUUUUAUGCACUUUUCUUAAACCGUUAGUAACGCUUUAAGCCAUUACACAUUAGUUUUCGAACUGAAAUAUGAAAAUCUGCGAUCUAACAUUUUGUCAGCAGUCUUUUAUAACUGGUUUGCACAUAUUUACGCACAAAUUGGCUCAUUCCAAGAUAAAAUAUAAAAGGGUUGUAAAAAAACCUCUCAAUCUGUGAGAGUGCAGCUUUAAAUAUCAACAAUUUAAUAUAAUUGUUUGUGCUAAGAUAUUUCACUGUUUUUAGUUGCAAACAUUUGAAUAUUGAAGGACCAUUUUGAGAAAAAUAUCCUUUUUUAAAAUUUGGUCUUCUUUCACUUUGAACCCAGGGAACCGUUUAAACAUCCCGAUAUUGUUUGAAAGGAGUACGCUUGUGAAUCGUAUCAAGUUUGUGUGUUAAAUGUGGUAAUUCAUUUCAUUUGGUUGUGAACAUGAGAACGUGUGAUCAUUAUCAAAGUAAAUAUGAGCUUAAACACAGAAAGCAAAUAGUCUAGGUCAUAUCAUAAAAAAAAUUGUUCACGUUAUGAUUCAGUUGGAUUUUCUGGUGCUUUCCCUUUUAUUUUUUUGUUUACGUAACUCUGUUUGAAUAUAGAACGUAACUGUUGUGUACUUUUUGUAACGACUGUGAUGGUUGGCCGGAAGAUUGUUGGUGACGAGCGUGUAUGAUUCCACUAGAAACUUUUAGCUUUACUAUAAAUUCCGAAAAGAAGAAAAACUACCACUUCCUAAAUGUGUUGUGAGCUACGAUUUACGACUCAAUUAUUAAUGUUUUUUGAUGGUCGAGCUUCUAUUUACGAUACAGGUCAAGGACUUCUUGAUGUAUUUUAAAUUGUCAAUAUACAAGAGGGACCGUUCUAGAUCUUUUAUAUUUUCAAAAUACUAAUUUAUGAAAUGAUUACCCUUAUAUUUAUGGAACAGCCAUUUAAUUUACAUUUUUUUUGAAAAAGUGGAACUAUUUGCCUAUUUUUUUCUAUUUUAUUUUCAUGUUCUUGUUGUUUUAUUAAAUUAUUAUUUAAUUGAAAUAAAUCAUAAAUUCA